CAUAUAAAAGACCUUGCAAUUACAAAAGGCCAUCAGUUGUUUUCCUUUAACCCAAACGGUAAAAUGAAAUUCUUAAUUGUCUUUGCUUUGGCUUUGGCCUCGGCUUCAGCUUUCGAUACUGAAAUCGAAUCACGCAGUGUUGUAGUACCUGUAGUAGAAGCGCUGGAGGGACGCAUUACCAAUGGUAAUACCGCCUCUGUAGGACAAUUCCCCUACCAAGUUGGUUUAUCCAUGAAUCUAAAUGCUCUCUCCACGGCCUGGUGCGGUGGUUCUUUGAUUGGCAAUCAAUGGGUUUUAACUGCUGCCCAUUGUACCGAUGGUAUUCAAUCUGUUACCGUGUACUUGGGUGCUACUGUACGCACCUCGGCCGAAGUCACCUAUUCUGUAUCCAAGGACAAUAUUAUCAUCCACUCUGGCUGGAACAGCAUAACUAUUAAGAAUGACAUCUCCUUGAUUAAGAUCCCUUCGGUCUCGUACACCUCAAGAAUUCAAGCUGUUAAAUUGCCUGCCAUUGCCAACUCUUAUGCGACCUAUGCUGAAGAUUAUGCUAUUGCUUCGGGUUGGGGUAGAAUCUCUGAUGAUGCCACCUCGAUUGCCGACAACUUGCAAUGGGCCCGUUUGGAAGUCAUAAGUAACAGUGUUUGUCAAUUGACUUACGGCUUUACUGUUACUUCGUCUAACAUUUGUGUUGCCACCACUGGUGGUGUUUCCACCUGCAAUAGUGAUUCUGGCGGUCCUUUAGUUUUGGAAUCCAGCAAGAUACAAGUAGGUUUGACUUCCUUUGGCUCGUCUGCUGGUUGUGCCAAGGGUUAUCCCGCUGUCUUUACCCGUGUUACCAGCUACUUGGAUUGGAUCGAGACCAAUACUGGUAUCUCUAGCUGA